AUGGAUUAUAUUGAAAAUGUUCUUGAAGAGCAUGGUCCUUCAUCCAUAGUGGCAGCUGUGGACAAAAGUGGAAUCAGGGAUCUGCAACAAGAUUGGACCAACCAGUAUUUGGAUUCUACUCUAAAGAAUGAUAAGGAUGAUACAGAGCCCUGGUCCCAGCUUCAUAAUACACUGAGACCUCCCUUGAGUCUGUUGGAAGCUCUUCCAGGACAACUGGAUUGCCCAUCUGAGAAAACAGGAUCUCACAUUCUGAAUCAUUCAAGAGCUCUCCAUUACCUGUGUGGGCUACCAACUGCUGUUGUACAAGAUUUCCUAGCAACAGUGAAAGUAAAUAAUUCUAAAUUUUUAGCAGGCCAUAAGCAGAAGGGUCAGGAUUCUAUUGUGUCUCAGGCAUUGUUUGGCAGUCCUCUGGCACUGAUGAUAGGGGGCACAACAGUCAGUAAUUGGCUUACUGGGUGGGGUGGCAAUAAUACAAUGCUAUAUGUAGUGUUGCCAUAAGGCCCAAUAUUCUUUCCACCUAGGGGCCCACAAGCAAGAGUCCCUCUAUGCAUUUCCACUCUGAGAUCAGGAGCAGUAAUAAAGGUGCCUCAAGGAAAUACAAUGAUAGACUGUUACAGAAGGCUAGCUGAUGAUUUUUUUCCAACACAGAGUCCGUGAACAUCAUGUGACUAAUUGGCCAAGGCCAUUCCCUUUAUCUUUCUAUGCUCUGCCUUUACUGGGC